ACGUUCAAUUCUUUUUUUUUUAUUUUUCUUUUUUACUUCGACGAGAGAUCAAAAAGCGGGGAAGGAUUGCGAUGGUUUUUAACGGUGAGAGAGCAAAUUUGAAUUUUGCGCGUUUCAAGGUUCGCUGAACUCACACGCGUCCGCAACCAACCGGCGUGUUUAUUACGCCUUCUAUGACAUGAAUCCCGGCAACAGACUGCAGAGACCCAGUUUCCUGGCCUUAGUGGGGUAAGCAAACGCGAAAAAGGAACGUGUCUGUUCUUCACUUGCUAGAAUCUACAUCUAGUAGCCUUCUCGCCGAUCUGAUGCAAACACGCGCGCGUUGUUUAUCAAACAACUGAUAAAAGAUCGACGUUGGCCUUCCGAAGCGUGUGAAGAAUUUCGCCAGCCCUCCAAGUAACAAAUUAUUCUGGAAAUUUAAAAAAUUCGAGAUAACUUGAACAUUGUUCCGACAGUUGUGUCAAUUUGUUUCAAGGAGCCGGAUGUAAGAAAAACUCACGCGACAAACGCGAAACAAAUAUUACUCGCUGCACACGCGAGGCAAUAAUCGCAGGAUAGAGGUACCUUAUUUCCUUUAAUGAUACCGAUAGAAUGAUAAAGGAAGAGGUAAGGAAUUAAUCAUCGUCAGUUAGAAAGGCGAUUGAAAGGAUGGGUUAACGGGCUCGCGUUUGUAUCGAGUAAUGAACUUUCUAGCCGACCUAGCCAUGAACGGACUGGACGCAAUAUUUUGGUGUUCGUGUGUCGUCAUUGUAUUCCAAACUUUGGCUCGUGCUGAGGAUGUUGCAAGUAAGUCGAACGACAGCUUGAGGAUCGACGUUACCCGAGGGAUUGCACUGUACGUCGGUGACGACGAAGCGAGCGUUACACUGAGCCUGUCGUCUCUGUACGAAAGGAACGGCGUGGAGCAACGGAGCGCAGGAAAAAUGAAAUUUAACAAAGAUACGCUGAAAAGAAUUGGAAUGGCGAUGAUGAUGGCCCCUGUAAUGUGGCAGUUGGCAGGGUUACCAGGCGCUCUUGCCGCCAUCAAGCUGGAUCUACUCCGAAGCAUCAUCGUCGGGAAAAUCGCGCUAGCAGUGAUGCUGUUUAACGCGCUGAGGAAUUCGCAGAAAUCGGAAGUAGUGCUGGUCCACAAGCCUGAAUAUCACAAUCACUAUUAUCACGAAGAUAACUACGAAGGCUGGUGAGGACGACACCAGUGGAAUGGCACUCUUCAAGAUAGAACAUACUUCGAUUACCUUACUCGAAUAAUUGCUGUUCCUGUGAAAUGGUCUGUCUGUGACGCGUAACGUUCGCAAACGU